CGCCGGACUUGCCCGCUCCGCGCAAGCGGUCUCCUUGCCACCCGCGCGCCCUACGUUGGCGGCGCGAGCGGCGGACAGCGGCGCGAGGCGUGGGCUGGAGGUAGGCCCCGGAGCGGCCGGAGCUGUGGCGCAGGUCUCUGAAGGCCCGGCGAGAGGGGCCCGGAGCGCGGGGCGCCUGGAGGGAGUGCGAGGCCGCGGCGGCUCUCGCGGACGCCGUCUCCGCACGCCUAGCCUUGUCGCCGAGGAGCCCGCGAGUCCGGUGACGCCGCUCCCGGGGCCAGGCGAGGCGGACCUGGCCUGCGGAAGAUGGACGGCGAGAGGCGGCCGGCGCCCGGCCCGCCUGCCCAGGGCCUGCUCGCGGACGAGCACCUGGUCCUGUGGACGCUGUGCUCCGUGCUGCUGCCUGUGUUCAUCACCUUCUGGUGCAGCCUCCAGCGGUCGCGGCGGCAGCUGCACCGCAGGGACAUCUUCCGCAAGAGCAAGCACGGGUGGCGCGACACGGACCUGUUCAGCCAGCCCACCUACUGCUGCGUGUGCGCGCAGCACAUCCUGCAGGGCGCCUUCUGCGACUGCUGCGGGCUCCGCGUGGACGAGGGCUGCCUCAAGAAGGCCGACAAGCGCUUCCAGUGCAAAGAGAUCAUGCUCAAAAGCGACACCCGGGCCCUGGACGCCAUGCCCCACCACUGGAUCCGCGGCAACGUGCCCCUGUGCAGCUACUGUGUGCUUUGCAGGCAGCAGUGCGGCACGCAGCCCAAGCUCUGCGACUACAGGUGUGUUUGGUGUCAGAAAACAGUACAUGAUGAGUGCAUGAAAAACAGCUUAAGGAAUGAAAAGUGUGACUUUGGAGAAUUUAAAAGCCUCAUCAUUCCACCGAGUUACAUAACAGCCGUUAAUCAGAUGCGUAAAAACAAGAAAACAGAUUAUGAAGUGCUAGCGUCUAAGUUUGGACAGCAGUGGACCCCAUUAAUAAUCCUGGCCAACUCUCGUAGUGGAACCAACAUGGGAGAAGGACUGUUGGGAGAAUUUAGGAUCUUGUUAAAUCCAGUCCAGGUUUUUGAUGUAACUAAAACUCCUCCUAUCAAAGCCCUGCAAAUUUGUACUCUUCUUCCCUGUUAUUCAGCUCGGGUCCUGGUUUGUGGAGGGGACGGUACUGUGGGCUGGGUCCUGGACGCAGUUGAUGAGAUGAAGAUUAAGGGACAAGAAAAAUACAUCCCACAGGUUGCAGUCUUGCCUCUGGGGACAGGCAACGAUCUGUCCAAUACACUGGGCUGGGGUGCAGGUUAUGCUGGAGAGAUCCCAGUUGCACAGGUCUUAAGAAAUGUAAUGGAAGCAGAUGGAAUCAAGCUAGACCGGUGGAAAGUUCAGGUCACCAAUAAAGGAUAUUAUAGCCUAAGAAAGCCCAAGGAAUUCACCAUGAACAACUAUUUCUCUGUUGGACCUGAUGCGCUCAUGGCUCUCAAUUUCCAUGUUCAUCGUGAGAAGGCACCGUCUCUGUUUUCUAGCAGAAUUCUUAAUAAGGCUGUUUAUUUGUUCUAUGGAACCAAAGAUUGCUUAGUACAAGAAUGUAAAGAUUUAAAUAAAAAAGUUGAGCUAGAGCUGGAUGGCGAGCGAGUGGAACUGCCCAACUUGGAAGGCAUCAUCGUGCUCAACAUUGGCUACUGGGGCGGCGGCUGCAGGCUGUGGGAGGGGAUGGGAGACGAGACCUACCCUCUCGCCAGGCACGACGAUGGCCUGCUGGAAGUUGUUGGCGUGUACGGGUCUUUCCACUGCGCUCAGAUUCAAGUGAAGCUGGCAAACCCCUUCCGCAUAGGACAAGCACACACGGUGCGGCUGAUCUUGAAGUGCUCCAUGAUGCCGAUGCAGGUGGACGGCGAGCCGUGGGCCCAGGGGCCCUGCACUGUCACCAUAACUCACAAGACCCGUGCUUUGAUGCUUUAUUUCUCCGGAGAACAGACCGACGAUGACAUCUCCAGUGCUUCAGAUCAAGAGGAUGAAAAGGAAGCUGAAUACACAGACGAAGACGUACAGAUGUAGUGUGUCGCCCACGCAGACCCGAGGUGUACGGUCACCCAGGAGGAGGGCUUCUGUACCAGCCGUUCAUUCCCGCUUCUCUCAUGGUGUGCCAGGUCCACCUUUGUGUGUGUUGCAUUCCCCGAGCAGCCAAAUUUCCAUUUCUUGCAAACACCUGUUUUUUUCAGCAAGAUACUUCAGUUAUCUAUAACUAACUUUGAAAAAGCCACAGAAAGCAUGAAGAUGAAUUUUUUUUUUUACAGCUGGGUUUAUAGCUCAGCGGCACAGCACCUGCCUGGCAAGCUCAAGGUCAUGAGUUCAAUUCCUGGUAGAAAAAAAAAAUUCUCAGCUGUAUCGUGGGAGUAGGGUCUCCCCGAAGUGUGUGCUCAUUCCUUCGCUCGAACAGCACACCCUGGGUGGACAGUACAUGGGCAGGAAGAUUGCUUCGGUCCUGAUGCUUAAUGCGGUGGCUCCACACCACGCUGGAAGCCAGUUUGCUCUUUGUGAAAGGAAAUGGUUUGUGUUAGCCCACAUGGUUGGCAUAGGACGUCCCGUGGAGCGUGGCUCUGGGGAGCGCCUGUGCCCCAGAGCGAGUCCUGCGAACUGAUUUCCAGGAAACGCUUUGGUGGGCACGUAAGAGAAAGACAAAACGUGAACUGUUUAAGCCUCCAGUUUUCUUUCUGGGGUGCUGGGGAUGGAAGCCGGAUCCUUUCAGGCUCUAGGUUCAGGCUCUAGGCUGAGCUGCACCUGGUCCCAGGACCCUGCUCUGUAUCGAAAGAGAAGCAGAUGGGUGAACUGUUCUAAAUAACGUUUAGGGCACUUUGGAUUGAAAGUUACGGGUUCCAAACUGGACAGUUCACCAACUUCUCUUUUGAUUAGAAGACAGUGUCCACAACUAAAAAAUUA